AUGUAUAGAGACGCGGAGAAGGACGCCCUGUUGGCCGUGGGGCUGAGGAAGCCCUUCGGGCGCUUCGUCACCGUGGAUCGCUUGAACAUCGGGGUCCACCACGGCGAGUGCUUCGGUUUGUUGGGCGUGAACGGAACGGGGAAGACGACGACGUUCAAGAUGCUGACAGGAGCGGAAGACAUGACCUCGGGCGGGGCGUGCAUCCUGGGAUUUGACCUUGGCCUGAAGUGUAGAAAGUACCUGUAUCACGUGGGCUAUUGCCUUCAAUUCGAUGCCCUGGUGGAUCUGAUGACCGGGAAGGAGACCCUGCUGAUGUAUGCCCGACUUCGAGGUAUUCCGGAGUCCGUUGCGGAACAACACGUCCAAUCGCUUAUUGACAAACUUGGACUCACGGAGUAUAAAGACAAGCACUGCGGGACAUACAGCGGCGGAAACAAGCGCAAACUGAGCACAGCCAUCGCCAUGGUGGGAGAGCCGACCUCAGGCGUGGAUCCCGUCUCCAGGCGCAACAUCUGGCAGGCCCUGGUAGACUGCACCGAAAACGGCCAGAGCAUCGUGCUCACGUCCCAUAGCAUGGAGGAAUGCGAGUACUUGUGUCACCGACUCGGGAUCAUGGUGAACGGGCGGUUCCGUUGCCUGGGUAACCCGCAGUACCUCAAGGACAAGUACUGUCAAGGGUACUCCAUCAAGGUGACGACGAGGAUGUCCGCGUCGGCAGAGAGGAUCGCAGAGCUCAAGGUCUUCCUCGCUCAAUCCUUUGCAGGAUCCUUCCCGCAAGAGGAAUAUAUGGGAAUGCUGAACUUCCGAGUGGAACGCCGGGACGUGACCUGGGCCCAGCUCUUCUCGACCGUGAGGGAGAUGCAGACGAGAUUCGAGGACGUGGUCGAGGACUCUCUCGUCGGGGAAACGAGUCUGGAGGAAGUCUUCCUUUCUUUCGCGAGCGAGCAGGUCCAGCAGAGACCGAUGGCCAAGUGCCGGAUUUGCUCUUGCUUUUGUGGCGGCAGGUCCCAGUGA